AUGAGAGAAGUCAAUUUCAGUAUUCCAAAUGUCAAUAAGGCUUCGGUCGGUAUCACGACAGCUUUGUACGAUCGUCGAGCCCUUGAUUGUACUUCAACACUACCUUUGAUCAAUUCGCUCAAUCAUCUUGCCUAUCUCACCACUUCAUCCGCCAGAAUUAGAGAUAUCCUUACGGUCGAUGGUGGUGUCGAAAGAUUGGUCUGCCUUCUUAAGGCUGGGAGAAGCAAAGAUAUGAUGGACAUGUGGAAAUGGAAUCUGGCAUUCCAAUGCGUUGUCAAUAUUGGUGUACGAGGCUCCGAAAAUGUUCGAACCAGGGUCGUCGAAGCGGAUAUGGUUCCAGUUAUCGCAACAAUUCUUGAUAAUUACAUCAAAGUGGUUGACAGAUGCAGAGAGAAAGCCGAAGAAGCUAAACAGAAAGCUUUGCUUGAACAUAGACAUCAGACCGGGCGAUCAGGAGACCAUCGAAGUACACACAAGGGACCUUCAUUCGGCAAUCGAGCAUCGCGAUUUGAAUCCGAGUUUCGAGCAUCAAGACGUCAACCACCUCCACCUUCUAUCGAUAUCCCCUCUAAUUUCUCGGGUGCUCCAUUGACAGCUGGUUCAGAUGCCAUGGAUAUUACACCAACUGGGCCUCAAUUCGCUCUUACAUCUCCUCCGGAGCGAACCACAUUCUCCGCCCACAGACAUCAUCAUAGAAACCAAGAUGCGAGGCAGCACUUCUUGUCACCACGCCAUAAUAUCCAACCACUUGCGACUGCAGUUCCUUCUAUGGAUGCAGCUGAUGGAUUUAACAUCAGACCUGUUAGAGAUGUUGACCGUUUACCAUCAAUGGUACCAGGAUUUCAAGGCGGCCUAACAUCUCAACCCGAAUCUCCAACAACUCCUCUACCUGCACAAAUUCGGUCUCCUACUGUUCGAACCACAUCAAUGUCCGUCGGUACACCUAGAUCACGGAGACGUCCAUCCAUUAGGCAUCAAGCUUCGACUGCUGCCGAUACAGAAGACAUGAACGCUGAUAGCAUGGCUUCUGAUGAAUCUGGUGAACCAGAUAUCACCGGUGUAAGCACAGCAGAAAUUCAAUCUACAAAUGUCAACAUUCAGGAUGUUAACAUGGAUGAGAACGAUUCUAUGCUCACAGCCGUCGAAACACCACUUGGCCUUACCACUCCCACUGUUUCCGAAGCACAGGAUGCCGGAACAUUCAACAUCACCCACCGAUCUGCCAUUGAUGGCAGCAUGAUUAAUGACGCUACAACCCCAACUGGGCCCACAAUCGGCCUCUCACCAGCUCAACCCGCAACCGUUAAUACACCUCCUACCAUGCUUCCUACGACAAUCCCUAGAUAUUUCUUAGAUAGACCAACGCCACCACAAGGACAAGUUUUGGCUGCUAUGCCAAGAGAUGAAGAUGUCUUGAUGUCUCUUCAACUUUUAGCAUACGUUUCCAAAUACUGCAACUUGAGAUCUUACUUUCAACAAUCUCAUCUCGUUCCAAAACUUAAGAUCGGCUCCGAACUUCACCUACUCGACGUUGAGGAGAAUGCCUCCUCUAAUGCUAAUCCCUCAACCGCAUGCUCCUCUCACUCUCACGAUGACGAAGAAGAAUAUUUACUUCCAGACGAUUUCAAUAUUUUCCCAUUGGUUGAAAAGUUUACAGUCAGACAUCAUAGUCAAGAUAUGCAAUACUGGGCAGGAGUUGUUAUGAGGAAUUUAUGCCGAAAGGAUGAUGCUCGAGGAGGCAUCAGACAAUGCGCAUAUUAUCAAUGCGGGAAGUGGGAAGAAUAUACCAGGCAAUUCGCAAAAUGCAGAAGAUGUAGAAGAACAAAAUACUGCAGCAAAGAAUGUCAAAAGAGUGCAUGGGUAUUUCAUCGACAUUGGUGUGUUCAAGCAUCUCAAUGA